GAAAAUAUUCAAAUUUGUUGGGAUAUUUUACUUCCAAACAGACAUUUUUCGACAAAAAGAAUACGAGUGCAAAUAGGUUACAACCUGUCUUGCCAGCCCCAAUACUCAUGCAUUGCUGCAAGCUAACUGGCUACUAGUAGCUUCGACUUGAAGGAUUGUUCCUUAACGUGCGUGAAAAACAAAUCGCUUCCUUCUUUUGAAGAGGAUAAAGAGGACCGGCGCUGCAUAGCUUGUUCUGAAUUUCAUUUUCCUGGGGUCUGGAUUUUAUUCUACCAACGGAGUUUAUCUAAAUCAGGAUAUUCCAUCUACUAGUAUCUUGAUAUUAGGACGAGAGCGACGGGUGUCGGAAAGGUGUUAUCGAGGCAGCACAGAGGCAGAGAGUGAGGAUGCUGACUGGUAAAUUGGUAAAAGACAUAGACAGAUAUCAAGCUGUCCUUACCUCGUUACUAUCACUCGAGGAGAACAAAUUCUGCGCGGAUUGUGAAUCCAAAGGUCCCAGAUGGGCGUCAUGGAACCUGGGUAUAUUCAUCUGUAUCCGCUGUGCUGGAGUCCACAGGAACCUGGGCGUCCACAUCUCUAGGGUCAAGUCUGUCAACCUGGACCAAUGGACACAGGAACAGAUACAGUGUGUUCAGGAGAUGGGGAAUGCCAAGGCCAGACGACUUUAUGAAGCUUUCCUACCAGAGUGCUUCAUACGACCAGAGACUGACCAGUCAGCAGAGAUGUUCAUCAGGGACAAAUAUGAGAAGAAGAAGUACAUGGACAAGAUCCUAGAUGUCAACAGGCUUAGAAAAGAGAAGAGCUGUGAAAACAUCCCCUUGGAGCCAGUAGUGUUUGAGAAGAUGAAGUUGAAGAGAGAGAACAGCCCAAAGACACAGACCCAGUCUCCGUCUAUCUCAGACCUCCUAGGACUUGACGCUCCUGCUCCUCAUGCUGUUGUAUCUAAUGGUAGAUCCAGCCCUGGAGAGAGGGGGUGUCCUGCGGCGGCUAACCCAGCUACGAUGCACUCUGACCUGAAUCUAUUCAGCCCCCUGCCUGCCUCCUCCAACACCUCCACCAAGACCACACCGGUGGGUAGCUCCAUGCCCAGGGGUUGUGUGGCUGCGUCGGUACCCGAGAACCUCAGCCUGUUCCUGGACUCAGCACCCAGACAGGAGGGCUCUAGGACAAAGAUGUCUAAGGACUCCAUCCUCUCCCUCUACGCAACCACACCCACAUGGCACCAGAACCUGGCUGUACGAGCUGGCCUGUACAUGAACCCAGCCCAGCUGGGCUACUACGGAUCAUACCAUUCCCUGGCCACGCAGGGGGGAGCGAUGGGAGGAGGCAUGAUCACAUCACACUCCAUGAUGGCCCUGAGUGGUCAGCAGCAGAACGGUGUGAUGGGAGGACAGCAGAACGGAAUGGUACUAGCACAGCAGAAUGGCAUGAUGGGAGGACAGCAGAACGGAAUGGUACUAGCACAGCAGAACGGCAUGAUGGGAGGACAGCAGAACGGAAUGGUACUAGCACAGCAGAACGGUGUGAUGGGAGGACAGCAGAACGGAAUGGUACUAGCACAGCCGAAUGGCAUGAUGGGAGCACAGCAGAACGGAAUGGUACUAGCACAGCAGAAUGGCAUGAUGGGAGCACAGCAGAAUGGCUGUAUGGCUCAACAGGGUGUCAUGGGGCAAGCGGUCAACACAUCCCCGUUCCUGGUAGGAGUGCCCCACAACAUGAUUGCUCAGCAGCAAAGCAUCAUGGGAGCUCAGCAGAACGGCAUGAUGGGAGCUCAGCAGAACGAUAUGAUGGGAGCUCCGCAGAACGGCAUGAUGGGAGUUCAGCAGAACGGCAUGAUGGGGGCUCAGCAGAACAGCAUUAUGGGAGCUCAGCAGAACGUCAUGAUGGGAGCUCAGCAGAACGGCAUGAUGGGAGCUCCGCAGAACGGCAUGAUGGGAGCUCCGCAGAGCGGCAUUAUGGGAAUUCCGCAGAACGGCAUGAUGGGAGCUCCGCAGAACGGCAUGAUGGGAGCUCCGCAGAACGGCAUGAUGGGAGCUCAGCAGAGCGGCAUGAUGGGGGCUCAGCAGAACGGCAUGAUGGGAGCUCAGCAGAACGGCAUGAUGGGGGCUCAGCAGAACGGCAUGAUGGGAGCUCAGCAGAGCGGCAUGAUGGGGGCUCAGCAGAACGGUAUGACGGGAGCUCAGCAGAACGGCAUGAUGGGAGCUCAGCAGAACGGCAUGAUGGGAGCUCAGCAGAACGGCAUGACGGGAGUUCUGCAGAACGGCAUGAUGGGAGCUCAGCAGAACGGCAUGACGGGAGUUCUGCAGAACGGUAUGACGGGAGCUCAGCAGAACGGUAUGAUGGGAGCUCAGCAGAACGGUAUGACGGGAGCUCAGCAGAACGGUAUGAAGGGGGGAGUGGCGGCCGUGCCUCAGCAGGUGUACGGAGUACAGCAGUGUCAGCAGCAACAGUGGAACAUCACUCAGAUGACCCAGCACAUGGCAGGAGUGAACUUCUACGGAGCCAACGGCAUGAUGGGAUACGGCGGUCAGCACAUGGAAAGACCAACGACUCAAAGCUCCACCCACACGAUGACAUCACACAUCUGGAAGUGAUGUCAUUAUCUGAAGAGGAAGUGAACUUGAUGUCACUGGAGCAGCAGUGGUUCUUGGGAGGUUUCGAUCUGGCCUCAUGUACAGGCCAGCUUUUCUACUAAACUCUCCAUCAGACAAUUAACAGGGGAGGAGGAGGAGGGUGGAGAAGUUUAUAUAGGAGCUAUUUAUAGCUCUCCUCUCCUCUCCUCUCCUCUCCUCUCC